AUGAUCGAAACAUACAGCCAACCUUCUCCCCGACCUGUGAAUAGUGGACCACCCGUCAGUAUGAAAAUUUUCAUGUAUUUACUUACUGUUUUUCUUAUCACCCAGAUGAUUGGGUCCGCACUUUUUGCUGUGUAUCUUCACAGAAGAUUGGACAAGAUAGAAGAUGAAAGGAAUCUUCAUGAAGAUUUUGUGUUCAUGAAAAUGAUACAGAGGUGCAACAAAGGAGAGAAGUCCUUAUCUUUACUGAACUGUGAGGAAAUUAGAAGCCAGUUUGAAGCCCUCGUCAAGGAUAUAACAGGAUAUGAAGUGAAGGAGAAAGAAAAAAACUUUCAACAUCAAAAAGGUGAUCAGGACCCUCAAAUUGCAGCGCAUGUCAUAAGUGAGGCCAGUAGUAAAACAGCAUCUGUUCUACAGUGGGCCCAAAAAGGAUAUUACACUAUGAGCAACAACUUGGUAACCCUUGAAAAUGGGAAACAGCUGGCUGUUAAAAGACAAGGACUCUAUUAUAUCUAUGCCCAAGUCACCUUCUGUUCCAAUCGGGAAGCUGCAAGUCAAGCUCCAUUUAUAGCCAGCCUCUGCCUGAAGUCCCCGAGUGGAUCUGAGAGAAUCUUACUUAGAGCGGCAAAUACCCACAGUUCCUCCAAACCUUGCGGGCAACAAUCCAUUCACUUGGGAGGAGUAUUUGAAUUGCAACCAGGUGCUUCAGUGUUUGUCAAUGUGACUGAUCCAAGCCAAGUGAGCCAUGGGACCGGCUUCACAUAUUUUGGCUUACUCAAACUCUGA